GCCCCACUUCUCAUCCUCAGCCACCAUGUCUCUAGGCCUUCUGCUUUCUGCACUGGGGCUCAUGGUGCACACUCAAGCAAUGAUUAUAAAUGAACCACAGGAAUUCAAGCAAUAUCAAGUGGUUUAUCCUCAAAAACUACAUGGCAUGCAAAAAAGACACACCCAAGAGAACCCAACAGAGCCUUACGGCAAGGAGGACAAAUAUGAACCUGAAGUGCAAUAUCAAAUUACAUUAAAUGGUGAAAAUGUGGUCUUUCAACUACACCAAAACAAUGACCUCCUAUCUCCAGACUACACAGAAACAUAUUACUCAUCUGAUGGCAAGAAGAUCACCACCAGUCCUCAGGCCACGGAACACUGCUAUUACCAAGGUCACAUCCUGAAUGAGAAGGACUCUGUUGCCAGUUUCAGUCUGUGUGGGGGGCUGAGGGGCUUCUUCAAGCACCGUAAUCAAAGCUACUUAAUAGAGCCUCUGAAAGGUGGUAACCAAGAGGCACAUGCCAUCCUGAAAUAUGAGGAUCUGGACCCCACAAACCAGACCUGUGGAGUAGAGAUCUCAGACCAGAAGCAAAUUCUCACGCGGAACCCUAGGUCAAUCUCUGACCCAAAAAAUUUACUUACAUCUCCAAAAUAUAUCAGCCUUUCCCUGGUCCUGGAUAAAGAUUUUCAUAACAUGCACAAAGGGAAUCAGAGUUCAAUGAGACAUUUUCUUUUUGGUGUGGUCAACCUCCUCAAUGUGAUCUAUAACACCUUGGAUGUUCACAUUGCCUUGGUGGGCAUGGAGAUCUGGUCAGAUACCAAUAAGAUUGAUGUGGUAUCAAAUAUACAGACCACCUUCAACAGGUUCUUGAGCUGGCACCAAAGAUGGAAUGAGAGGAAGCACAAUCAUGCUCAGCUGCUCAGUGGAAUUUCCUUCAACAACAAACGGGUGGGGUCUGCCUCCUCAAACUCCAUGUGCAGGCCAACUUCUGUUGCGGUGAUCGAGGCUUGGAGAAAAAACAGCGUGUCACUAGUAGGAGUGAUGUCUCAUGAGCUGGGUCAUGUCCUCGGAAUGGUUGAUGUGCCUUAUACUACCAAAUGUCCCUUCGGGAGCUGUGUGAUGAACCAGUACCUGACCUCUCAAUUCCCAAAGGGUUUCAGUGCAACCUCCCGCACACGUUUUCAAAAAUACCUCUUAUCUCAAAAACCAAUGUGUCUUCUCCAAGCACCAGCCCCAGAAGACAUAAUAACCAAUCCAACCUGUGGGAAUAAACUCCAGGAAGUAGGUGAAGAUUGUGACUGUGGGACACUCAAGGAAUGCACAAACCCUUGCUGUGAUGCAGAAACGUGUAGAUGGAAGCAUGGAGCCCAGUGUGAAGGAGACACAACAACGCGUGCAGAAUGAGGAAAAGAAGGCUCAGUGAGCUGAAGGGAUCUAUCUGCCUAAGGUUCUAGAAUCCACAUGGGAGAGGAUCCAAGACGAG